GGAAGUUUGUCUUGUGCAGAUCUUAGAUUAAAGCACCUUCUGAUAUCCUGAGCUCACUACAAAGAUCUUCAAGCACUUUACAGCCAUGACGUCUUUAAUGCCAUCUCAGAAAGAUAUGGGAAGUGGAACAUACACAUUCUCCAGCCAUCCCAGGGUGGUUCAAAACCGGCAUAAAUACAGGACAAUACCACCCCCUACGACUGAAGAGACAUAUAUAUAUGGAAAUAUUAUGUAUGAUAGAAGAGUGGUGCGAGGUAACACAUAUGCGCAGCAUAUACUACCACUGGCAGCUCAACCAGAUCCAGUGGAGCUUCAGAGGGCACAGGAAACCCGUAGGAGAGCACUGGCAAAGAAACGUGCCAGAGAACUGUUGAGACUUAGGACCCCAGAGCCAGUGGAAGGCCGGAAACACAUCGAUGUGCAGACAGAGCUUUACUUGGAAGAACUGAGUGACCGUGUUGAAGAGAAAGAUAUGGAAUGCCAGACGGAUGCCUUUUUGGAUAGACCAGCUACACCUCUGUUUAUUCCAGCAAAGACAGGAGCUGACGUUGCCACUCAGAUCUUGGAAGGAGAACUUUUUGACUUUGAUCUGGAGGUUAAACCACUGCUGGAGGUGUUGAUUGGCAAAACAAUUGAGCAGGCUUUACUUGAAGUAAUGGAGGAAGAGGAACUUGCUAACUUAAGAGCACAACAGCAUGCCUUUGAGGAGCUGCGCAAUGCUGAACUUGCUGAGGCACAGCGUCUUGAAGACCAAGAGAGAAGACACCGGGAAGAAAAGGAACGGCGCAAGAAGCAACAAAGGGAAAUGCUGCUGAAAGAAAAGGAGACAGCAGAGAAGGUGGCGUCAAGGGCAUUUGCACAGCAGUAUUUGGCUGACCUCAUUCCAUCUGUGUUCAGCAGCCUAAGGGAUAAUGGAUAUUUCUAUGACCCCGUAGAAAGAGAUGUGGAGUCCGUAUUCAUGCCAUGGCUUAUGGAUGAGUUGGAGAAGGCACUACAGAAGAAUGACUUGGGAAGAACUAUUCUUGAUAUAUUAAUAAGAGAAGUCAUAGGAAAAAGAACUGAUGAUUCCAGAAGAGUGGAGUUGCAAGAAUCCACAACAUCAGAAGCAUAAGAGAAGGAG